AAGUCGCCCGUCCUGCAUCCUGCUCACAGCUGCAGUCGGCAAAUCGGAUGACGUACGAGCGCAGUGGAUGGAGAAUAUAGGACACAAAACAGCAGCAGCGUCUUAUCAUUUGAAGGAAAGUCGAAAUGGGCACCUCCGACUCAAAGCUGAACUUCAGGAAAGCAGUGAUACAGCUAACAACCAAAACACAGCCCGUGGAAGCUACAGACGAUGCAUUCUGGGACCAAUUCUGGGCAGAUACUGCCACCUCUGUCCAGGACGUAUUUGCGCUUGUGCCAGCCGCUGAAAUCCGAGCUGUCCGAGAGGAAUCGCCCUCCAACCUGGCCACUCUGUGUUACAAGGCUGUAGAGAAGCUGGUCCAGGCGGCGGACUCCGGCUGCCCCGCGGAGCAGGAGAAGCAGAUCGCUCUGAACUGUGCCCGCCUCCUCACCCGCAUCCUGCCCUACAUCUUCGAGGACCCGGACUGGAGGGGGUUCUUCUGGUCUACGGUGCCCGGUGCAGGGCAGGCCGGGAUGGACGAGGGGGAGGACGACACUGCCCGUCCCCUUGCCGAAUCCCUCCUGCUGGCCAUCGCUGACCUGCUCUUCUGUCCUGACUUUACUGUGCACAGUUACAGGAAAGGGGGUCCCGAUACGGCUGAGGACAUCCACUCCAUCGACAGCUGUGAAUACAUCUGGGAGGCAGGGGUGGGGUUUGCUCAGUCCCCGCCUCUCAACUACAUCCACGACCUCAACAGGACGGAGUUGUUGAAGCUGUUGUUGACCUGCUUCUCUGAGGCAAUGUACCUGCCUCCCUCCUCUUCUGAAGACAGUAUUGUCAAUCCCUGGGUGACCUUUUUCUGCUCCACGGAGAACAGACACACGCUUCCCCUCUUCACCUCCCUGCUCAACGUGGUGUGUGCCUACGACCCCGUGGGCUAUGGCAUCCCCUACAACCACCUGCUGUUCUCUGACUACCGGGAGCAGCUGGUGGAGCACGCUGUCCAAAUACUCAUCGUCACCCUGGAACACGGGACCCCCGUCACGGACCCCUCCUCCUCACCCCCCUCCUCCCCCUCCAGCAUGGAUGAGCAGGAAUCUAUUGGUCCGGAUAACCUCUUUGUGAAUUACUUAUCCAGAAUCCACCGGGAUGAGGACUACAACUUUGUCCUGAAAGGGCUGGCUCGUCUUCUGACCAACCCCCUGUCCCAGACCUACCUGCCAAACUCCACCAAGAAGAUCCAGUUUCACCAGGAGCUUCUCAUUCUCUUUUGGAAGCUGUGCGAUUUCAACAAGAAAUUCCUCUUCUUUGUGCUGAAGAGCAGUGACGUGCUGGACAUCCUGGUGCCCAUCUUGUACUACCUAAAUGACGCCCGUGCGGACCAAUCCCGCGUUGGCCUCAUGCACAUCGGUGUAUUCAUACUGUUGCUGCUGAGUGGGGAGAGGAAUUUUGGGGUGCGUCUCAACAAGCCGUACACCAUGCACGUCCCCAUGGACAUCCCCGUUUUCACCGGGACCCACGCUGAUCUGCUCAUCGUGGUUUUUCACAAGAUCAUCACCAGUGGACACCAGCGCCUGCAGCCACUCUUUGACUGCCUGCUCACCAUCGUGGUGAACGUGUCACCUUACCUGAAGAGUCUGUCCAUGGUCGCUGCCAACAAGCUGCUCCACCUGGUGGAGGCCUUCUCCACCACCUGGUUCCUCUUCUCCGCCUCACAGAACCACCACCUGGUGUUCUUCCUGCUGGAGGUCUUCAACAACAUCAUCCAGUACCAGUUUGAUGGGAACUACAACCUGGUGUACGCCAUCAUCCGCAAACGCAACGUGUUCCACCAGCUGGCCAACCUGCCCUCGGACCCCGCCUCCAUCCAGAAGGCCCUGCAGAGGAAGAAGAAGUCGCCGGAAGCCAUCUCCCGCACCAGCUCCCAGGAGACCGUUUCCAUGGAGGGCUCCCGCCCGGCGGUGCCCGCGGAGCCGGGCACGCUGAAGACCAGCCUCGCCGCCAUCCCCGCCAUUGACAAACUGACGGAGAAGUCUCAGGUGUCGGAGGACGGGACCAUGGUCACGGUCACGCAGACGGACUCCCCUCAGACCCCGCCGUCGGACCACAGCGGAAUCGCAGGCGCCAGUGACACGGAAUCCAAUUCGGGGCGGGACAAUGAGGACGUUUUCUACACGGAGUCAGAGAUGGAGAGGAGACGCAUGUCCAGCACAUCGUCUGUUUCUUCCUGGAACCCCACGCCAGACUGGGUGCUCUCCUGGAAGGUUAAGCUCCCCCUGCAGACGAUCAUGCGGCUGCUGCAGGUGCUGGUUCCGCAGGUGGAGAAGAUCUGCAUUGACAAAGGCCUGACGGACGAGUCUGAGAUCCUGAAGUUCCUCCAGCACGGCACGCUGGUGGGCCUCCUGCCCGUGCCGCACCCCAUCCUGAUUCGCAAGUACCAGGCCAAUGCUGGCACCGCCACCUGGUUCCGCACCUACAUGUGGGGCGUGGUCUACCUGCGAAACGUGGAUCCUCCAAUCUGGUACGACACGGACGUCCGUCUCUUCGAGAUUCAGAGGGUGUAGAGAGGGAGGGAGGGAGGUGGCUAAAGAGAGAAACGGAGGGAACAAAGGAAAGGAGGGAGAGCGGUGGCUUAUUUGUUUAACCCAUUCCCCUUUCAACCCUAUCCUUCUGCCCUCGCAAACAACCCCAAUCCCCCUGCUCUGUGUCUCUCUGAGGAAGAUGAGGAAGAGGAAGGAAGGCCACUGGGUCUCCAGCUUGCAGGGAGAUAUCAGGCGUAACGUGCAUCUUCCUCAAUUUUUUUUGUGCUUGCUCAAACCUUUCGUGUCAAACACGAAUGGCAGGCCCUUCGGUCAGUGAGUGGAUGUUUAAAAUAACCGCCAUUCGGUUCAAAUGACGUGCCAGUCGGGUUUUCUGUGUUUGUUUCCUUUUCGUAGAGAGUUUGUAGCACUCCCGCCAUUUUAAUCCAACCAAACGAGCGGAUGUAAGCAGUCUCAAGACGUCUCUGUGGCAGUCACCUGUGCGAAACGAUCACGGAGGUCGUUCUGAGACUGCAGCUUUUUGGUGCUGUUGUCGACUGUAAGUAAGGAGAAACGAGGUCCCAUCCCAUCAUGUAGAGAGAGAGGGCAAGACAUCGCCGUAAUCUGCAAAGCAUGCUUAAAAACAGCUUCGUGUAAAUCGACUAGCAUUCAGGCAUUCCUCCGUCGUCGUGUAUCGAGCAGAGUUUAGGUGCUAAGGGGAGCGGCGGAGGCACAGGCGGAGACGCCUGAGCACCUGAGUGACGGCAACUGAACGCCGUCGACUGAAGGCGUCUAACGAAGCGGGUCAUUGUUUGUCAGGCCCUAUUCAGAGAAGCACGCCCAGCAUGAGAGCGUGCGUCCUGCGUCCAGUUCUGAUCGUCUGUUCAGUUAAAACUGCUGUUCUGACUCCUCCUGUCUGUAUAAGCUAUGGAUUCACUGUUGAGCCCAGUCAUUUACCUCAGUGGAAGGGGAAAAUAAUGUAAAACACUUAACAGGACAGGAACUCUUCUGGUAAAGGGGGGUGGGGGGGGGGUGGAAGUGGUAGAGGAAACAUUUCUUGUUCUGGAAAUGUGUAUGAUAGUGUCUUAGGUCACAAAUAUCCCUGCCUGGAACAUAUGCAUUGUUCUGGGGCAGGGGCUAGCCAAGCUAACUUUUAGUGCUCUCCCAACAUUUCAGAAAUGUUUCCGUGACAACCUGGAGACGCUGCGUGGGCGUGGCUGAAAUGUUGUUAGGCCUGUGAUUUGUCUUUUUUGUUUGCGGGGGUGAAAUGACCAGUUGAAAAAGGUAGACUAUUGUACAGUAAAAUAACAGGAUAUAUGGCUUAAUUGUUCCUUACCUAAAAAAAACCCCUCCUUUUUCAUUAGUUUUUAAUGUUAAACCUUGGAGCUGCACAGUGUUGACAGGGUUUCUGUACAUGUACACAAUGUAUGUUGUUGUAUGAAUGCAGGAAUAUUUAUCCUUUAUAAUGUGGAGAGUCUAUUAUAAAGUACUUAUAUGAACUUA